AUUAAAAAUUCACUAGCUAUAAUUACGAGUUUGUAAGAAUCGAUAUAUCAACAGUGGAAUACAACUUCAUACACCUUCCAGUGGCAUGUUUAUUGGCAUCAGUUAUAUAAAACACGGACCAAAAGACAAGGGCGAACUGGCGAAUGGGUGAAUGCAAAACGCGUGAAACAAAUAACUUGCUAGUGUCCAAUGCGACUUCACGGACAGCAUUUCGCAUGCAAAGCACAAGGUGUUAGCAAGGCCUGAAAAGAUGCAUCAACUGGUGAAAAAACUUCUUAUUCGAAGCACAGUUCUUAUUGUGUACAGCAUACUGAGCGCAUGGCUUUUUUACGAGCUGGAAAAACAACCCAUCUCAAAUGCCCAAACAGCGGACAACAUGAUCAAGAGCAUUAAGCUUGAGCUCAAGACAAAGUACAACAUGAGUGAGAACGCAACCAACAGAUUUGUGGAAAGUGUGGUUCAAGCAGAAUCAGUAAGAAGGCGACACGACUGGACUUUUGCACGUUCACUCUUUUUUGUCUGUGUAUCACUCUCGACAAUUGGGUACGGAAAUAUAACACCUAAACGAGCAGCGACUCAAGUCAUCUUCAUAUUCUUCUGCACCCUUGGACUUCCUAUAAUGAUGCUGGCAUUGAAAACCGCGGGAGAAAUCAUCGCAAUUGGGCUACAAUCAGUCGUCACUUACACCGAAAAGCGUGUUUUUAAAAGCAAUGAUAUCACCGCCAAAAGUCUUAAAAUAAAAACGCUUGUACUCUCUAUGGUAACAUCAUUCACAACUAUAGGGAUAUUUGCUGUUGUACAGUCUUAUAUAGAAGACUGGACUGUAAUCGAGAGCUUGUACGCAUGGGGAGUGACUUUUACAACCAUAGGUUUCGGUGACUAUAUUCCAUAUUUAUCAAUGGAGGCCGCAAUCGAAUUGCAUCAUGGGAAAUACGCUCCAAUAACAUCGACCAUUCUGACAGCGGCAACAUUGUUUCCUUCUCUGUUUCUGCUUUCGCUUGUUUCGUGUAUGUUGACCUCUAUACUGGAAGUGGUCGAGGUUUUAAAACCUAAGGAAAGGUUGACAGAGUCCUGUAGACGUAUUACAACAUGGCGGAGUAGAAGAAGCACGGAACACAGAAACACAGGGAAUCAAGAUGACAGCGAUCGCUCUGUGGCCUUAAUAACGACCUAGGGAUCUCUGCUUGCUUGAGAUGAGAACCGCCGCCUGUAAAAGCGAAAUGUUGUGAUGUAAGAAUAUUUAUGUCAUACACCGUAUUACCUUGAGGGUCUACUAAAAAAAAUCAGAAAAAAGGGAAUUUAUUAAUAAAUGAAUUAAAUAAUCUAUAGGUCUGACAACGGUAGAUUCACACAUGCCUCUCAAUCACUUGUAUGGAUUUCAAAGAGCGAUCUAGUUUUUAUAUUUUUAUGUUUUCCAAGAUAACACUCGAGUUUACGACACAUGGAUUCUUAGGGUACAACCCUAAUUAAAAUAGGUGCAUUUCAAGUAGGCCAGCGCCUAAAUUUGUACAACUGCAAUAGAUAGUGAGGAACAGCGCAAAGGUACUCCAGGGCAAGGGCUGACUUUCAGAUCUAGAGCCGAGAUGUUUCCAUACAAAAGUGCCACCCAAGCCCUUCGAGAAAUAGUCCGCCGUACAGCCUUUCAAA